ACGAACUCGGUGCCUGACGCGCGUAUCGCUCACCUGGCGAUAUUUGCACAGUCUUUUUUUUCUUGUUUGUAUUAAUAAUAAAACUCCUAACCUCCAAGCAGAACUGAAGUUGGCGCAGGAGCUGGACGCCCGCCAUACAACUCACUAUCAGUUUUCACACUGGCUUUAAUUUGCUUUUUGGGGGAAUUGCGCACCAUUUCUCCGGGAUUUGAGUCAUGGCAGAGGAGUGAGGCGCCUUUGCCAAAAUGCCUGUUAACUGGAAUAUAACUUUUUCACGGCGGUCCUAUGGAAUAUAGUCCGAUUUUACACAGCCUACAUGUUGUGCCAUCAUCCCACGUGAAAAACAAACUCUUUGUGUUCUGCAUCAUGCUGUCCCUUUGGGUGUACAUGAUUUAUUGUUGUGUCGGCUACUGCUCCACCGUGCCAAACCUGGCGUACGGCGCGGUGAGCAGACACGAAAGCGACGCAGAAGUUGACAAUCAGGAGUCCUCUCUCGGGGCGUCCAGGGACUUGCUGAAUAACGAAAACGAUUUGGACAGCAGAGGAGAGGAGUGGGAUGAAAUUAGGGGCGAGGCGAAGACGCUGGAUGAUAAUGCCAUGUCAGGUUUCCUCAAUGAGUCGGAGAGUAAAAAGUUGCCGCAGGCGAUCAUCAUCGGGGUGAAGAAAGGAGGGACCCGGGCGCUGCUGGAGUUCCUGCGCCUGCAUCCGGACAUCAGAGCGGUGGGCGCGGAGCCGCACUUCUUCGACCGCAACUACGACAAGGGGCUGGAGUGGUACAGGGAAUUGAUGCCCAAGUCACUAGAGGGCCAGCUGACCAUGGAGAAGACCCCCAGCUACUAUGUCACCAAGGAGGUCCCUGCUCGAAUCUACACCAUGUCUAAAGACACAAAGCUCAUUGUGGUCGUGCGGGAUCCUGUCACCCGGGCCAUCUCCGACUACACCCAGACUCGCUCCAAGAAGCCGGACAUCCCCUCCUUCGAGAGCCUGACCUUUAAGAACAUGUCAGCAGGUCUGAUUGACACCACGUGGAGCGCCGUUCAAAUUGGCAUGUAUGCUAAGCACCUUGAGCGCUGGCUCCUGCACUUCCCCAUGGAGCAGCUGCUGUUUGUUAGCGGAGAGCGCUUGAUUAGCGACCCUGCGGGUGAGAUGGCUCGCGUCCAGGACUUCCUUGGGCUGAGGAGGGUGGUCGCGGAGAGGCAUUUCCACUUCAACCCGACGAAAGGCUUCCCCUGCCUUAAGAGACCCGAGGGGAACAGCAAGCCGCACUGCCUGGGCAAAACCAAAGGCAGGACCCAUCCCAAUAUUGACCCAGAGGUGGUGCAGAGGCUAAGAGACUUUUACAAACCCUUUAAUAGCAAGUUUUACCAGAUGACUGGUCAUGACUUUGGCUGGGACUGAGGGGAAAACUACGAUGACAGACUCACGCUGGUCCCUCGUCUGUGUUUUUUUUAUAAGUUUAUCAUGGAGAUAUUGUUAUACAUUGUAUGUACACUAUUUGGUGGAUGUGUAAAAAGUUCAGAUGUCUAUUUUAUGAUAAUUUAUUGUUACGAUAUUAACUCACUAAGCUGCCUAACCAGGUUUGUUCAUGAUCCACCGCACACAGUUUUAAUUCUCAUUAAGUACAUGAACAUUUUUCUAUAAGCACAAUGUUUUUACGGGUAUUAUUAGCAGGGUCAGUAUCCUUUUUUUUUUUCAGGGCAUUUUUUUGUCUUCUUGUGCAUAACCACUUCUCCUCCUUUGGCUUUUCGAAAGAUUGCUGCUUUCACUUCACCUUAAACCGAACAAGAUCCAACUUUACAAACAACUUGUAAUACCCCCUUAACAUUUGCCUGACCCUCUGCAGGCUGUGGACCCACUUAGCCCGGUCGAUACAGGCCUCAGCUGAUCCAGUGCCACUUGCCAGGUGGAUCAAUACAGUAAUAGCUCCUCAUCAUGUCAAUUAGGCCUGAGUGAUGGCACUGCCUUGAUCUCUCGAGCACCGUAAUAAAACAUGGAUCCAUUAAUGGUAGUAAGUUUAUGGUUGACCCUUGAGCCAACUUCAAGUUAAUAUAAUAAGAUAAAUUUCCAUUGCAAUAUUUUGACUUAACCACUAUUUAAAUGAUUUGUACAAAGGAAUGUGGAUCGGGACCCAACAGAGGGUCCUCACACGGUAGUUUUCAAACAACCUGCUGCACAGGCCUCAGAAUGCCUAAUCACUUAAUGCGCUUUCCGAAAAGAAAAUGAUUCAUAAGGCUUAAUCACAUUCAUUGAUCUGUACUGAAAUGGCUCUCAUUGAUCAUCCUGUACAGCUUUUUUGACCAGAGGUGAUACUAGAUGUGUUCAUGAUGCCCUUACCCAUGAUGCAUCAGCUGACAGACAUAAACAUCAUUCUAAAUCUUCGUAGUUUCAGCGAGAAUUCAAAUAAAACUACGUUGGGACGAAAAAAAAAUUUAAAUUUAAAUUUCAUGUAAGGUUGAGUUUUAGUCAGCCUUUAUAAACACGCAUUUUAACAGACGUCGUUCCAUAAUGAUGUACUGCAACCCCACUGCUCUAGAGGCACUACGGCGCUGUAUGCAUUGCUUUAUAAACAUGGAAAUGAAGCAGGUUUGACUGAGAAGUGGCACAAAAAGGUGCAGUCAUGUCAUUUUUAUGAAGUAAGAAUAAAUAUGUUUUAC